GAUUGUUGCAGCAGUCGCCGAUGGCUCUGCCCAUUGUUGUGGUGAGCUGGAUUGAUCACACUGGGCCGACUGGGCGGAUUCGGCGCAUAACGUCAGUGGAAGAGCUGCAAGCAGGUCACCAAACCCCUCGCAUCCUCGACGCCUGCUAGCAGACAUGGGUUGCUAUGAGUGCUGUAUGCGUUGCCUGGGUGGGAUACCAUACUGCUCUCUGGUCGCCACGCUGCUGUGCUUCUCUGGCAUCGCCCUCUUCUGUGGAUGUGGACACCAAGCGCUCACAGAGACUGAGAGGCUCAUCGAAACUUACUUUACACGAAGCACGGAGGAUUACAGCACCCUUGCUUACAUCAUUCAGUAUUUCCAGUACGUCAUCUACGGCUUGGCCUCUUUUUUCUUCCUCUUCUGCAUCAUGCUGUUGGCGGAAGGCUUUUACACCACUAGUGUUGCCAAGCAAACCUUCGGGGAGUUCCGGAGCACCAUGUGUGGCCGCUGCCUCAGCUCCACGUUUAUAGCGAUGACAUACGUGCUGUCCCUGCUGUGGCUGCUGGUGUUCGCCUUGUCAACUCUCCCCGUGUACUUCUUCUACAACAUGGGUGCCACCUGCCACACCAUCGACGUCUUGACCGAGACCCCGGCGAGCAUCAACCAGCUGUGUGUGGAUGCGCGACAGUACGGGCUCCUGCCAUGGAACGCAGUGCCAGGAAAAGCUUGUGGAAUAACUCUGUCCACCGUUUGCAAGACCAGAGAGUACCGAACGACCUACAGCCUCUACAUCGCCGCCUUCGUCGGCGCGGGCAUCACUCUCAUGGCACUGUAGCCAAUGAGAAGUUAGUUUGGAGACCAGCUGCAAGACAAGUCCCCACAAGAGGUGAUGUGUCAAGGGAAAAGUUCCUGUGGACAAAGAGAGGUUGUGACCUUUCUCCGGCGUGCAUGGGUCUCCUCUGAGACAGCAACCAUGACCUCCACCUCUUGUCGAACAAUAGAAAUGAUGGAUUGUGAGUGAGUUGGCUCAAGGAAUUGCAGAUAAAUUGGCUGUCUCUUUCUUACAACAAAAGGACAUUCUUGUUAAGUUUGAUCGAGUACGAUGUGAAAUUGUUUCUCAUACGGUACUCGUGAGUGCUAAAUGGCCAAGUCACCUAACUGCACUAACUUCACCUCUGAAAUAACUCUGCUUUAAAACCAAAGUACAACAGACUGACUGUACCUGCCAUUCUUAUAGGAUGAACACUAAUAAUAUCAAGAGAAACUUUUAAAAGAGCUCUUGAGAAUUUGACCUUUACGGCUAUCGGGUGCUUGUAGCACUGAGGUUUUUACAGAAUGAAAAUCGAGUUAUAAAUCAAGUGUAUUCUUAUUAAUACUCUAUUUUGAUUGUCACUAUGAAACUGUGACAUCUUUUGGCAGUUGGAGUUUGUACUGGUAUAAAACCUCCCCGCAUCAUACGGAGUUGUCAUCUAAUACAGCUAAACAAGCCAACCAAUGUACUACAGUAUUAGAGAACAUCUCAUAAUAAGAUCGUUGUAAACAAUAACUACGAGUUCAAUCAAAGCUAAGCAUUAGUAUAUUUUAUUGUAGCUCUAUAGCGACCAUAGACAUUGCACACAAAAAUCUUUGCUAUUCUUGUAUAAAGAUAUUGACUUUUUCUUUUUUGACAUGACUGAAGUACUUUGAAUUUGCAUUGUGGCUCUAAUGCUCAAGGACCUUCGUUGUAGUUAUUGUAUAACAUCUUUUGACUUACUGAGGCAGUUAACUUUUAGGCUUCUUUUCUUCAACUAGCAAUAUAGUUUUAUUUUUGGUGAACACUUUAUUUGGCUGUGUAGAGCAUUUUGUGAAGUGGCAGCUUCGAUUUUAUUGUAUCUUUUUCUGUUGUUGAUAUUUCAUAAUAAAAGGAACAUUCCAGUUUUUGUGCA